CAGACCCCGAGUGUGAAAAACAGGGUGGGGGCAGAGAUAGACCUUCUGGCAGACUGCACUGGUUCAGUGCGUAUCCUAGGAACAUGGCCGAUGGUUAAUGCUGGUGCUUAACCAGAUGAAACAGUCAAAACUGUUUUGUUACAUGAGAAGGUACAAGAAAAGGAGUUUAAAUUUGGCAAGGUGGUUAGCUAGCUACCGACCGUCGAUCGAGCAGAGGGGGUGUUAUUGGCUGGAGAAAAGGAAAACAACAUGGCGGCCUUGGAGCUCGAAUGGAUCCCAGAGACACUGUACAACACUGCUAUAUCAGCAGUGGUGGACAAUUACAGUCGAUCGCGAAGAGAUAUUCGUUCCCUCCCUGAAAAUAUUCAAUUUGAUGUGUAUUACAAGCUGUACCAGCAGGGUCGGCUCUGCCAGCUGGGAGGGGAGUUCUGUGAGCUGGAGGUGUUUGCCAAAGUACUAAGGGCCUCUGACAAAAGACACCUCCUGCACCAUUGCUUCCAGGCCCUGAUGGAUCAUGGGGUGAAAGUGGCUUCUGUCCUGGCCAACUCCUUCAGCCGCCGCUGCUCCUACAUUGCAGAGUCUGAUGCCCAUGUGAAAGAGAAGGCUAUUCAGUUUGGCUUUGUUUUAGGUGGCUUUCUGUCUGAUGCAGGCUGGUAUGGUGAUGCAGAGAAGGUGUUUCUGUCGUGUCUGCAGCUGUGCACACUGCAUGAUGAGGUGCUUCACUGGUACCGUGCUGUGGAGUGCUGUGUCAGGUUGCUUCAUGUCCGGAAUGGCAACUGCAAGUACCAUCUUGGUGAAGAGACUGUCAAGUUGGCCCAGUUGUAUAUGGACAAAUUGGCCAAACAUGGUCAUCAGGCCAACAAAGCUGCGCUCUAUGGAGAGCUGUGUGCGCUGCUCUUUGCUAAGAGCCACUAUGAUGAGGCCUACAGGUGGUGCAUAGAGGCAAUGAAAGAAAUCACAGUGGGUUUGCCUGUUAAAGUUGUGGUAGAUGUCCUGAGACAGGCCUCCAAGGCCUGUGUGGUAAAGAGGGAGUUCAGUAAGGCAGAGCAGCUGAUAAAGCAUGCUGUUUUCCUGGCACGUGAGCAUUUUGGACACAAGCAUCCCAAAUAUUCAGACACUCUCCUUGAUUAUGGGUUUUAUUUGCUGAAUGUGGAUAACAUCUGCCAAUCAGUUGCAAUAUACCAGACGGCUCUAGAUAUCCGGCAGUCGGUUUUCGGGGGAAAGAAUAUCCAUGUGGCCACAGCUCACGAGGACCUGGCAUACUCCUCCUAUGUCCAUCUGUACAGCUCUGGCAAAUUUGACAACGCGCUAUUCCACGCAGAGAGGGCCAUAGACAUCAUCACUCACAUUCUCCCAGAGGAUCAUCUGCUGCUGGCCUCCUCCAAAAGAGUCAAAGCUCUGAUCCUGGAGGAGAUCGCUAUUGACUGCCACAACAAGGAAACAGAGGAGAGGCUGCUCCAGGAUGCCCAUGACCUCCACCUCUCCUCCCUCCAGCUGGCCAAGAAAGCCUUCGGGGAGUUUAAUGUUCAGACAGCGAAACACUAUGGCAACCUGGGCCGCCUAUACCAAUCCAUGAGGAAGUUCAAGGAGGCAGAGGAGAUGCACAUCAAGGCCAUCCAGAUCAAGGAGCAGCUUCUGGGUCAGGAGGACUACGAGGUGGCUCUGUCUGUGGGCCACCUGGCCUCUCUCUACAACUACGACAUGAACCAGUAUGAAGAUGCUGAGAGGCUCUACCUGCGCUCCAUCGCUAUCGGUAAGAAGCUGUUUGGCGAGGGCUACAGUGGACUGGAAUACGACUACAGGGGCCUAAUUAAACUGUACAACUCUUUAGGGAACUAUGAGAAAGUCUUUGAGUACCACAAUAUUUUAUCCAAUUGGAAUCGGCUGAGGGACCGGCAGUUUGCUGUAGCUGAUGCCCUGGAGGACGUCAACACCAGCCCCCAGGCCACAGAGGAGGUGGUGCAGUCCUUCCUACUGUCACAGAACCAUGGGGCUGGCCCACCUGCUUAGGCUUCCUACACAGACACAUGCACACACAUGCCCACACGCAGAUAGAAACGCUAAGGUGUUCACAGCUCGCUUAAAUCUAUUGAACACACCCUCUCCACAUCAAGUUACACGGUUGGCCUUGCAAUGGGCCACCUGGCUUUAGGGAAAUGCACUAUGGCCUGUGGAAUGCAUCUGAUCCAGUCUUUUUAUCGUUCUCCUGUGAUCAACCCUGCAGAUAACAUUUGAUGGGAGGAAUCACUUGCUAUACACUUUGCAUUACCUAACACCGCUUUCAUCACCGUCAGUCUUCUGUUAGAGGAAUUGAGACCAGGGGGGGAGAAAACAAUGAGAACAUAGUGUUUUAUAGAAUAGUACAUGGGGUUUUUUUCUGCUUCAUUUUUGGUCAGAGCUUGCCCUUUAUUGACCAUUGUCCCCUGUAAGCAUGGAUUCAGCACCACUUGGCUUUUUGUUUUGGUCAAUUAUAAAAAGCCAGAGUGACUUUUUCUGGGUGCAAUCCUUCUGUUAUUGUGCUAAUGUCAUGAGGGAGUUUACAACCCAUUUCAUCCAUGGACCAAAUCUUCGGUUCUAUUUCUUUUUGGAACAUCUGUUUCUGCCUCACUCUAAAGAUGUUGUUGGUGCAGUCCUUCAUGCAUGCGUUUUAAAGGUUGUCUGUGAUUUGAUGAAUUUGAAAUGCACCAGCAUGUGUAUUGAAUUGGACCACAAUUGUUGGACCACUGACUUAUGGAAUAUUUGAAAGUGUACGUUAGAGUACCUUUGUGGAAUUAAAAUGCCAAGUAUUUAUAAGGAAUUUCAGAAAGCUAAACCAAACACAAGUCAGCUAAAACUUGCUAUUGAGAUGACUCCCUCCCUGUCGGACUAAGACCCUCAAAACACACCGUUAACAA